GCGGAGUGCGGAGGCGCGGGCGGCAGUCUCGGCCCGAGCGCGACUCCGCGAGCGCGUCAUUCACUCCCGAGCGAGACAUGUCCGCGAACGGGUCAGCGGCGACCGCGCCGCGGCUCUGCCACGUGCGGAAAUCGCCCAACUUCGACGGGUACGGCUUCAACCUGCACGCCGAGAAGGGCAAGCCGGGCCAGUACAUCGGCAAGGUGGACGACGGCUCGCCGGCCGAGGCGGCGGGGCUGCGGCGCGGCGACCGCAUCCUGGAGGUGAACGGGCACAGCAUCGCCGGCGAGUCGCACAAGCAGGUGGUGGCGCGCAUCAAGGAGCGCGCCGAGGACGCCGAGCUGCUGGUGGCGGCGCCGGCGCCGGGCGAGCCGCUGCCCGACCUGGACGCGCCCGAGCCGGCGCCCGCGCGCGCGUCCCCGCCGCCCGCCUCCCCGCCGCCCGCCGACCCGCCGCGGCUCAACCUGCACAUGACCGCGGCCGAGAUGCGCGCGCAGCUCGCCGCCAAGAAGAAGGUCGACCCCAAGAAAGUCCCCAUGGACCUCAAGUCCAAGUUUGACAUCGUGAAAAAACUGUGAGGCGCGGUGCCCUGUGCGGAGCGGCCGGACGAGCCGGCGGUGUUGUGUGUGCGGUGUUCGUACUGGAUGGCGGCGGGGGCGGAGGCUCGGGCGCGCCCCGCGCUGUUGCCAACUCUCGCGUUAUCACUCGCGCGGCGAUGACAUAAAUAACAGAGUGCAGGCUGCGCUGCGGCCGAGGUGUCCCGAUGCUUUACCACUGAUGUAAAAUAUUUUUAUGCCUUCUACGAAUUGCCAUUGAAUUUUGUACAUACAUACCUAGUUGCUACACGUCGUUU